GCUGAGCCCCGCGAUGGCGCGCCAGCGUCCCUAUGAAAUAGCUUGUUAUGACCCAGCAUGACAGCAACGCCCUCAGCAGAUCUGGCCUCUCGACCUUGGACUUUCCAGCACCUGCUACUGUGCCCAUCAGCUUCAAGGACCUAGCUGUGCGGUUCUCGGAGGAGGAGUGGCGGCUCCUGCAGGAGGGGCAGCGCGAGUUCUACCGGGACGUGAUGCGGGAGAACUACGAGACGCUGGUGUCCGUGGGGACAGCUGAGCUGCUCCCACUCUCUGCUUUCCUGUCACCCAUGGAGCCUAGAGGAGCCACCGGUGGAGAGAGCCACCCUGAUGAGGGGCAGAAGCCCCCUUUAACAAAUGGCUCCCAGGGAGGACAGCCCCAGCACAGCCUGCACCUCACUGCCCUGGUGCAGCUGGUCAAGGAGAUUCCAGAGUACUUGCUCAAGGAAGUCAAGGGCUCCGAGGACUUCCCCGAGAGCCACAGCCUAGACGAGCAGAAAGUGAGCCCCAGGGGGGCUGUGACGAUGGAGACCUUCCCUCCCCGAGGCGUGCUCACUUGUCUUCCGGAGAGUCCCAUGAGCCAGCCCAGCCUGGCCACCACACCCACAAGCAGCUCACUCUCCAGUGGCCCCCCCGCAGACUGGACACAGGAGAACGCCCUGCCUAUCAAAGGACCUGCUGACAGACUGCAGCCUGCGGGCAAGGAAAGCCCGGCCCCCAGCAAGGAGUCCGGCCCUCCUACCUGUAACCUGGACCAGACGAAGAGCUGCCAAAGACAGGAGCAGGGGACCCCAGGACCAGGACCCUCUCCUGGGAGCAGCCCUCUGCAAGGCCUCAUCAACUGUCUGAAGGAAAUCCUUGUGCCUGGGCCCCAGCCCCCAGGGGCAGCCCCCACCCUGUUACCGUCUUUCCCUGGCUUGAGUGUGCUGAGGCCGAACAGAACUGACGUGGGGUCAGGGAGCCCACCCUGGCCAGUGAAGACCGAGGCGGCGGCAGGGGAUUGUCCCCUUCAGGGCCUGCUGAACUGUCUGAAGGAGAUCCCGGAAGCCCCAGGCACGCGUUCUGGCCCCGCAGGAGCAAGUCCAUGGGCGCGGGAGGACGCAGAGGCCUGGAAGAGCUCUGGAGAGCCCAGACACCUCCAGACUCCUCCUCCACCCCGCCCUGGCCCUGGAGCUGGCAGUGUGCUUGCUGUGGUGAAGGAGGAGGAUGGUGGGGCCCAGACCCCUCCAGUGCCAGCAUCUUGCCAGCUCAGCAGGCAGCGCCACAGCCCCUCUUCCACUGGAGACCUCAGAGGAGUCCGGAUGCCUUGCUGGGGCCCCAUGAUGACGCAAGCCAGCAGGACCUCGAGCUCACCCCUGGAAGCCCUGGAGGCCUGUCUGAAGGGCCUUCCCUCAGCUGGCCCGUCACCCCUUCAGCCGUUGGCUACCUCCUGGUCCCGGAGCCCCCAGCCAGGAGAUGUUGGGUCUCAGAGGCCUGAGCUGCAGCCCCAGGGCUCUCACAGUGAAGAAGCUACGAAGCAGCCACUUCCGCCUCUGGGCCUGCAGGGCUGCCUGAGAGAGGGCCCCAUUCGACCCUCUGGCCCCCGAGGCACCCCCACCAGCUUCUCCUCCGCCAGCAGCACCACUGAUGGGGAUAUGGAUUUUGGGAGCCCUGGGGGGAUCCAGAGACAGCGGCUUGGCAAAGGAUACCCACCAGGAGGCUCCCCACUCCAGGGCCUAGAGAAUUGUCUCAGAGAGAUCUCUGUGCCCAGGCUACAGGCUGCCUGGCCGUGCUCCUCAACUGUGGACAGGGGCCUGAGGAGAGCAGAGCCCAGGAACUGGACGGCAGACAGAGAAGGACAGAGGGGUGAGGCCUGUGAGCCAGCCCGUCUUGGACAAAGUGGGGUUGAAGCACCCACCAGAAGUCUCAAUAUGGCUAGCCCGCAGACCUUCACGUCCAGCUACAACCCCACCUGCCGGGGGACCACCAGGCCAGCGCCGUGGAGGUGGAUGCAAGACGAGACAGCCACCAUGGUCUCCCCACUGCACCGCCUGGAGAGCUCUUUGAAGGGCAUCUUGCCUGUGAGGCCCCUGCGCUUUGCCUGUGUGGCCGGCCCUGGCCCCAGCCCCAGCCCCUGCUCCAGCUCCAGCCUCAGCAGCUCUGACGAAGACCCCAGACCUGAGCCUGAGCUCUGGCAGCUGCCACACCAAGAGAGAAACCACCUUGGCACCUGUAAGGGUCCUGUCCCUCUAUCUCCCGCCCCUGGAGCAUCCCCAAGAGGUAGCAGGGGAAGCUGUCCUGCUGGAAGCACUGAGAGAACAGAGCUGAGCAGCAGCCUUCAUGCAGGAAGAGCAGAAGAGAGGACGGGAGGCAAGUCCUGGUCACCUAGGAAAGAAGAGGGCACAGAGUGUGCCUCCCAAGCUGACCUGAGCGGCAGGGCCGGCGGCGGAGGAGGAGCAGGUAGGGAGGCAGCUGGGCACCCACGGCCUGCCCCUCAGCUGGAGGAAAGACCCGGAUCUGAGGGCAGUGAAGAGCCCAGGCGCCUGGCGCCUGUGCAGGGACAGCCUGGUGCUGCAGACAGGACCCAAGGGAAGCUGCUCCCUGGGGACCCACUGGAACCACCUGCCAAGUCUCUACCUCCCACAGCCAUCCUGCCCGCAUGGCCACGCUCCUCUCUCCAGCCGCCAUGCCCCUGUGGCAGUCCCCUGCAGCAGGAGCUGUACAGCCUUGGUGCUGCCCUCACCCAGAAGUUGGACCAGCUCUCGGCAGCCUUAACAGGCCUGACUCAGGAAGUGGCUACCAUGAGGACUCAGGUGAACCGACUGGAGAGGCGCCCACGGAACCUUAGGCCAAAGGGCCAGGCUUCCUGGCAGUGGACUCUUCCCCGGGGACCUCGGUGGGCCAGUGGGCCAGGUCACAGGCGCUUGCCCUACUGGAGACAGAAGAAGUGUCCCAUGAGGCCCAGACCAAAGAUCCUGCGGGCACAGGCUGAAGGCUGCAAGCCUGGUGACCGCCCAGGACUCUCCAGAGGGAAGGGCUACCUGGUGCCUCAGCUGCCUUCGGACGCUUCCCAGGUGGAAGCUUCUGGGCCCACCUGCGGCUCGUCGCAGCAGUCCUCAUCCCCAAGCAGCCACACUAUGACUGCACACGCCUUUCUGGGACACACGGGGCGUCGCCAGAGCCCUCUCUCCCCUUCUGUCCCUGCCUCCUUGCCCCCCCUGUUGACCUCGCCGGUGACCAGUGCGGACACAGAGCCUCUGGCUGCUGGAGUGACAGCAGUCAACCCCCCAAACCAGCCCAAGCAGCAAAACGGCCUGCGGGGGGCCCUCAGGGAGGACCUCUGGGACAGUGACCACAGGGACCCGAGAUGGGGGGCCCAUUAACUGCUCUUCAUUGGCUCAGCCUUGGCAAGGAUGCUGGGUAGCCAGGAUACCCUAACAUAUGCCCAGGCCCCCUCUUCCCCGGGCUCUCUCACGCUUAGCUGGCCCUUCCUGUGGGAGCUGCACUGGGCCAGACCCACUCCCGUGGUGCCAUUGUGUAGGGUGAUGCCAGCCUCACCUCUGGCUUUCUGAUUCAGGUUCAGUCAGCUGCUCUUCCUCCUGUCCUCACCACAAAUGUAUGGGCACCAGGUGGGCAGCAUGUGCGCAGAGCCAGCUGCAGAGUGGCCACUUGAGUGCUGCUUCCUGGCCUCUCCCCCCUCUGGUCUCAGAACAAUGAAGGGUUGGCCACUCCUUGCCAGUCAGGAGUAAAUACUUAAAUGAUCUCAUUUUGGAAGAACCUGGCCUGUGGGUUAAGCUAGAUUUACAUGUGGGUUCUGAAAUUAAAUACAUGAGCUGCUAAGAAAAGGCCCUUGGAGCCUGUGGAAAGGUGUCCAGAGGGGGCCACACUGAGGUAUGACUGACUGGAUUGUUCCCGGUGUGGUGGAAGCAAGGCGGCUCAUGCUCCCUACACAUAGCUCAGGUGCCUGAGGAGCUGUCAGCACGGAUUUAGGGAGAACGCCACUGAGCUUCUGGGGAGAGGUUGCACACAUUGAGUCGUAGUCCAAAAUGCAGGUAUUGGCAGUGUCGGUUUUGUGGACUGGAGAGGUACUUGGUCUUGUUGAGGCCAUCUUUGUGUUACUGCCCCUGUGUAUUACAACUUGUAAGCGCGGGUUCCACCCUCGUGAGCUUGUUUACCCUGAUCUCUGUAAAGACCCUCUGUCUAAGUAGCACUGCGCUCUGAAAGCCUAGGAGUUGGGACUCCUACAUCUCAAUAGUGGGGGCACUCCGUGAUGCACUCAGGGCUGGGUUUGGCCCGUUCUGACCAGGUGUUGCUCAGUCGGGUGGCUGGGUGGGUUUGUGUGUCCUCAGCCUCCAAGCCGGCCUGCCUGCGCUUACCUCAGGUCCUGGGGGACUGCGCCUGCACCUGUGGUGCCUGGAGGGCCAAGCCAACUGCGGCUUGCCUCAUUGAGUGCUGCUGUGUGGCCCUGGGGUACCUGUUGCAUCCCGUCGGGAGACACAAGGUCUGUCCAUGACAACCCGAACAGCUCCUCCUGGCUACGCUACCCUGUCCCACCUUAAAGCAGCGGUCACCGAAGACACCUGGGGACUGAGUGUCCCUUGGUGAGAGCAGGUGCCUGUCUGGGACUUGGUGAGUGUGGCCUGGGGUAGGUACCAUCACAGAGGGGUGUUAGAGGGUUUUAGGGACCAGUGCAAGUCCUAAGAAGACUGCUUGGAAGUGGCGAUUCACAAGGCUGUUCAAGUGGGUCGGUCAGUACAGCAAGCGGUCCAGCGCACAGGCCGAUGGGCUCCGUUACGGCGGCGGCCACUCCAACCCCGGAGGGGCUCAGGCCCAGCUGCUGUUCCAGGUCAGCCGGGCAUGCUAGGCAUCUGCAGUGCCAACAGAGGGGAGUAAAGCUCAACCUGCUGGCAUGUGUAGCUCUCACUGGGAGGCCAGGAACUCUGACCAUCCUGCCUGGGUGGCCCCCCUGUUCCUUCUCAGCAAGACAUUGAUGUUAGUGGGCCGGGGUCUGCCAUGUUGCUUAUGUGGCAUGCCAGGAUGCUUUGGUUCUGCCCUGCAGGUAACCAGCACCUACCUGUGUGGCCAGGCACAAGCCAACGCGUGCAGAGUCCAUACCUCUUAGUGAGCAAAGCUGGAAGGAGUUUGACUCAUCGGUGCUUCCCAUAUGUGGCACUUCUCAUCACCUACUGGGCACAACUACCUCUUUCCACUGGGCUUGAUUGUGACAGACAAGGACAAUUGGGAUCGAAGCCAGCCUAGGAGACCCAGAUCCAUCUGGAGCACGUGACAGCUCAAGGAAAAAGCUUUAGGCUAGAAUAUGAGUGUCGCCGAGCAGCCACGUUCAGGCUACAGGAAGUAGAUCUUGGGACCCGCCGCCGCACUGCUGACCAGAACACCUUCGGGGCUCAUUGACUUGCGGCGUCAGUAUGUGGUUCUGCUCUGCAACUAUUCCAGCUCCUGCACAGGGUUGUUUCUGGAGAGAAUGUGUGGCUGCUUUAAUAGGAGGGACUAGAGGAUCUUUUUGAACUCUGGAGGAUCCAUGGGCCUGGAGGCAGGGGCCAGAAAAGGUUCGGACUCUUCCCUGAAGUUCACUUUAGGGUCUUCCACAUGCUCCACCUGCCACUUAUCAGCUCAGAUUCCUGUGGGGCAGGAUAGUGUGAGGGUCCUGCUCUGGGCCUAAAUAUGCUGUGACUGAGCAAACUGAUGAAGGAAGGCUGGGGCGGGGACUGUCACUGCCUCGACACCCUGUGAGUGAGUCAUUGUUCCUCCUCCACGAGCACAGCACACUAGUAGGCCAGACUUGCUCUUGACUUCCUGGUGUUUAUAUAUUUUACAUGUUCCUAUAAAACAGUUGGAUUUUAUCUCA